AUGAAGUACAGUGGCAAGAGUUUGCUCCUGGCUGCUUUGAUGUCGGUGCUGCUACUCCACCUCUGCAGCAAGUCGGAAGCAAGCAGCUUUGACUGCUGCCUCCGACAUACAGAACAUGUUCUUCAUCCCAAAUUUAUUGUGGGCUUUACCCAGCAGCUGGCCAAUGAAGCUUGUGACAUCAGUGCAAUCAUCUUUUACACAAAGAAAAAACUAGCUGUGUGUGCAGAUCCAAAGAAGAAAUGGGUGAAACAAGCUGUGCACAUCCUCAGCCAAAGAGUCAAGAAGAUGUAA